ACAGAGUAAUUAAGAAUCAUUCUUCCCUUUCGUCUCCAAAUCUCCAAUCCCAUCCACCAUUUUCUUCCCAAACUCAUCAGACAAGGGAAAUAAUUAAUAAUAAAAAAAGAAGGGAAGAAAGGCAAACAUGGCCUUAGGCAAAGGUCGGAGCUCCGGCGGCGGCAGCAGGAGAACAUCCAACACCUCCUGGUCGUCCACUGUCACUCCCAUUGCUUUCGUUGCCCUCUGCCUCCUCGGCGUCUGGCUCUUGUCCUCCACCUCUGUCGCCCCUCCCCGGACCACCACGCGCGACGCCACCUCGGAAGCCGGAGACGGCGUCGCUUCGUCGGUCCUCAACUCCGUCACCUCCGCCACUCCCAAGGGUGGCGCAAAAAGCCCCCCGGCUUUCGAGGACCACCCCGGAGAGCUCCCGGAGGACGCGAUCAAGUCGACCGACCACGACAACGAGGAGGCCGUGAAGCCUCUGGAGAGUGCUACCGACUCGGCCACCUCCUUGGUCAAAGACGAGCCGUCAGACCACGACACAGAAAUCACUGAUACCGUGAAACCAUCAGAUCGCGAGACAGAAAUCACUGAGACAACGAAACCGUCGGAUCGCGACAAAGGCAAUGAGAUCACCGACACCGUGAAACCGUCGGAUCGCGACACAGAAACCAACGACUCUGCAAAAAAAGAUCCCAUAGUGGUCGACCAUGACGACGGGGACACCGAUAAUUCGAGCACUAAAAAACCAGAAGAAGGCGAGAAGCAAAUCAGAAGUGAGCGAAAACCCGAAAAUGAAAAGAGAGAAGAGAUAUUUCCCGCCAAAAAGGGCCAAGAAGAAGCCCGCGAAGCACGAGAUGUCGAACGCGAAAACGCGUCCGUCCAUCAAGAAGAGACCGCCACGACGGAAGAAAACAACAAAAACAUGAUAUCCGACGAAGACCAGCAAAAGAGACUUGAGGAACAACAACAAAAGGAAGAUGACAUGAUGCAAGUGCGCCGACAGUCGCAUCACGAAAAUCACGACGAAACCGCCUUACCGGCGGUUUCAGACGAUCAGAAAGCGGUCGCCAAGACUGCGUCAAAGAAGGAAUGGUCGACUCAGGUCGACCAGUCCGUUAAUCAGAAAGAAAGGGUAAAGAGCGGCGGCUCAGAGGAGAGUGAUGGUGGUGGUGGGGAUCAAGGAGAUAGUGGUGCAGGAAUGAGUUGGCGGUUGUGCAACGUGACCGCCGGUCCAGAUUAUAUACCGUGUUUGGACAAUGAGGAAGCCAUAAAGAAGCUGAGAAGUAGGAGGCAUUUUGAACAUAGGGAAAGGCAUUGCCCUGAGGAACCCCCUACUUGCUUGGUCCCUCUGCCCAAAGGGUACAAGAAACCCAUCCAAUGGCCUCAAAGCAGAGAUAAGAUAUGGUAUCACAAUGUGCCUCACACAUUAUUGGCGGAAGUGAAAGGGCAUCAAAAUUGGAUGAAGGUUUCAGGAGAGUUCCUAAUCUUUCCAGGUGGUGGUACACAGUUCAUCCAUGGAGCUUUACACUACAUUGAUUUUGUGCAACAGGCAGUUCCAGAGAUUGCAUGGGGAAAGCGGACGAGAGUGAUAUUGGACGUGGGGUGUGGGGUGGCCAGCUUUGGGGGUUACCUCUUUGAGAGAGACGUCCUCGCCAUGUCAUUCGCCCCUAAAGAUGAGCACGAAGCCCAGAUUCAGUUUGCACUUGAAAGGGGGAUUCCAGCAAUCUCUGCCGUUAUGGGCUCCCAGCGCCUCCCAUUCCCCAGCGGAGUCUUUGACAUUGUCCAUUGUGCACGCUGCAGAGUCCCUUGGCAUGCCGAAGGUGGGGCUCUACUUCUGGAAUUGAAUAGAGUGCUUCGUCCCGGAGGAUACUUUGUCUGGUCUGCAACUCCAGUCUACCAAAAACUUGAAGAAGAUGUGAUGAUUUGGAAGGAAAUGUCAACUCUAACAGUGGCAAUGUGCUGGGAGCUUGUUGGGAUAAAAAAGGACAAGUUGAACUCCGUUGGUGUAGCUAUCUAUCACAAACCAGACUCCAACGAUUGCUACGACCAAAGGAAAAGCAGAAACCCUCCCAUGUGUGAUGAGGACGAUGACCCUAAUGCUGCUUGGUAUGUACCUUUGCAAGCAUGCAUGCACAGAGUCCCAACAGAUGACAAAGACCGAGGAUCAAAGUGGCCCAAGCAAUGGCCCGAGAGACUCCAAACGCCGCCAUAUUGGUUAAACAGAUCUCAAACGGGUAUAUAUGGGAAACCAGCUCCAGAUGACUUUGCAGCAGAUUAUGAGCACUGGAAACAUGUGAUCAGCAAGUCAUACAUGAGAGGUUUGGGCAUCAACUGGUCAAAAGUUAGGAACAUCAUGGACAUGAGAGCAGUUUAUGGGGGAUUUGCAGCAGCACUGAAGGACUUGAAAGUGUGGGUGAUGAAUGUGGUUAAUGUAGAUUCACCAGACACACUUCCGAUCAUAUAUGAGCGUGGGCUAUUUGGAAUAUACCAUGACUGGUGUGAAUCCUUCAGCACAUACCCAAGAACAUAUGACCUCCUCCAUGCUGAUCAUCUCUUCUCAAGGCUGAAAACGAGGUGCAAGUUAUCUGCAGUGAUGGCAGAGGUAGACAGAGUAGUUAGACCAGGAGGCAAAUUCAUAAUGCAAGAUGACUCUGGAACCAUAAAGGAAGUAGAGAACUUACUCAAGUCUUUGCAUUGGGAGGUAAGGAUGACCUUCUAUCAAAAACAGGAUGGAAUGCUUAGUGCUGAGAAAAGUGAAUGGCGACCAGAAACUUAUGCUGCUCCAACCUGAAAAUUUUAAUGUCAAAAACAUCAGGGAUUCACAUUUACAGUAAAGAAAGAAGUGCUCU